AGUGUUUCUCUUAUCAAAACAAGUUCAAUUUAAUAAUGAAACUCGUGCACCACACGGAAAUGUAAAACAAGUAAAAUAUUAAUAGCAUAGAAAAGUACAUCACAUUUACCCUUUUUUCCAUCCUUAGAUAUUUAUUAUUUUUCUAAACCAACCCUUAUUUCGUGAAGCAUAUAAAUAUCUUACAUAGUUUCACAACCUUACAAGUAGUUCUUAACCCUAUUUUCAAAACCUACCCCCACUUUUUUUUUCUCAAGAUUUUUCCUAAGAAAAAUGAUGAAAAUGGUUCUUGUUUUGUUUUUCUUUGCCUCUACACUUACCCUUUCAGUUUCUGAGUCCUAUGAUGUUUCUUUGCAUCCUCAUGCUUUAGAUUCCUUUGAUGUUGGUUAUAUCCAGAUGAAAGGUGCUCAAAACUGUUCUUAUUUGGUGAUGAUUACAACAAGCUGUUCUUCUCCAAAGUUUAAUAGUGAUAAGAUCAGUAUUGCUUUUGGAGAUGCUAAUGGAAACCAGGUAUAUGCAGCAAAACUAGACGAUUCACUUUCAAGAACAUUUGAGCAAUGUGCAUCAGAUUCAUUUCAGAUAGAUGGUCCAUGUGCAUCACCAAUUUGCUCAGUCUAUCUCUAUAGAUCAGGUUCAUCAGAUAACUAUGGUUGGAAGCCAGAAAGUGUGAAAAUCUAUGGAUACGAUACAGACCCUGUUACAUUUACUUUUAACACCUCCAUUCCUAAAGAUACAUGGUAUGGAUAUAAUUUGUGUGAUACUACUCCUCCAUCAUCUUCUUCCAUUCAAAUCUCUGUUCAGAAAUGGAUUUUGUUUGUAAUGGUUUUAGGUUCUGUUUUUAGUAUUUGGAUGUAGGUUUUAAUGUUGUGAUUUGCACUUAGAUUAUAUGUUUCCUUUUUGUAUUGUCACACCUUAAUUAUUAGGAGUUUUAUGAUGAAGGCAAAAAUAGAGAUAUGAUAUGAGAACUUUAUGCAAAAAUUGAGAUGCAAGAGAUAUGAAAAAAAUAAUAAUAAUUUUAUUUAACUUAAAUACA